CCGCGGGCUGAGGCGGCCGCCCGCCCGCCGCCAUGCCGGUGAAGAACCGGUACAACCUGGUGGACGAUGGCUGCGACUCCCGCGUCCCGCUGCACAACGAGGAGGCCUUCCAGCACGGCAUCCACUUCCAGGCCAAGUACAUUGGGAGCUUGGAUGUCCCCAGGCCCAACAGCCGUGUGGAGAUCGUGGCAGCCAUGAGAAGGAUCCGGUACGAAUUCAAAGCCAAGAACAUUAAGAAGAAGAAGGUGAGCAUCAUCGUGUCCGUGGACGGGGUGAAGGUGAUCCUGCGCAAGAAGCAGAAGAGAAAGGAGUGGACCUGGGACGAGAGUAAGAUGGUGGUGAUGCACGAUCCCGUGUACAGAAUCUUCUACGUCUCUCAUGACUCGCAGGACCUGAAAAUAUUCAGUUACAUCGCGAGGGACGGCGCAAACAACUCCUUCAGGUGCAAUGUCUUCAAAUCCAAGAAGAAGAGCCAGGCCAUGCGCGUGGUGCGCACCGUGGGACAGGCCUUCGAGGUGUGCCACAAGCUGAGCCUGCAGCACGCCCUGCAGAACGCCGACGGGCAGGCCGACGGUGCCAGCGACAAAUCGGCCGAGGAGCAGCCGCUGGAAGUUCACCAGAUAAAGGGCUCCAAGAUCACGGAUGUGGACGAGAUUGGCAUCGAUACUGGUGGCAUCUGUGUGUCCGAGAGGGGACCCAGAGAACUGCCAGGUGUCAGGGGGGACUUCAGCAUGCUGAAACCUGGGCAAACCUCAAAGGAAAAGAACGGCCAGGAUGCCGAAAACUGCUCCCUCCACCUGGCCAGCUCCCAGCAGCUGCUCAGCCCGAGCAGCCCCUGCUCCUCGGCCUCCAUCACCCCGCUGGCCUCCCAGCACUGCCUCCAGCUGCUCCAGCAGCAGCUCCUCCAGCAGCAGCAGCAGACGCAGGUGGCUGUGGCCCAGGUGCAGCUGCUGAAGGACCAACUGGCGGCCGAGACGGCGGCACGGAUCGAGGCGCAGGCCCGGGUGCGGCAGCUCCUGCUGACCAACCGCGACCUGCUGCAGCACGUCUCGCUGCUGGUGCGGCAGCUGACGGUGCUGGAGGCCCGGGAGGAGCAGCGGGAUGAGCAUCGGCAGCCGGUUGACCACUCCUUGCAAAACCUGUCCCUGGCCCAGUCCCUGUCCCUGAACCUCAAGAACCACUACAGCCUGGACGUGCACCUGCCGUCCACCUCCAGCCCCGCCAGCAUCCUGGGCAGCCCCGUGGCCCCCGGCUCGCUGCCUUCCCUGGGCCCCAGGGACUCCUACCUCAACCUCGUCAGCCUGGACAGCGGCAGCCACCGCUACAGCAGCAAGGAGGGGGACGAGUGCCUGGCGGUGCUGGAGGGGCAGGACGGGCUCAGCCGGCGCGUGGAGGGCUCCGAGGUCAGCGACUUCGCUCUGCUCAACGGGAGCAGCCGGCAGAAGGCAGAGGACACAGACAGAGGGGACGAGGACAGGCGGCAGCCGCCCAUUCCCAAACUCAACCCGCCCCCGCCCAUCCUGCGCAAAAGGUCAAGCAAGACGUCCCCGAGCCUGGAAGUGGAGGUGAAGCCCGAGAGCACUGCCCAGCUGAGCCUACCCAGUGCCAGCAUCUCCAGCCUCACCAGCAUCACUGCCAGCUCCCUCACCCUCUUGGACCCUGAGGCAAGGACUCCUGCACGGAGUGCUGCCUCCAGCACGGAGCCUGGCCCUGUGGGGACCUGCCAGCGCGCUCUGGGCAAGGACAGGACUGGAGAGAGCGGGCCAAUGUCCCCCUUGGCCACUGUCCAUGACCCAACAGCCAGCGAGACCCUGGCCAAGGAGUUGGUGGCCCUGGGCAGCCCCACGGACAGCUCACUGCCCUUCUCCCCUGCAGAUGACACCUGCUUGCACAUCAGCUUCUCUGAAGAUGAGUUGGACACUACCGUGGGGCCCAGCAGAGUCCCCUCUUAGUGAGGCCACAGUAGGUGGUAGCUGGUGGUUGGCAGCCCCAGCAGCUCCGUCCACAACUCUGUGCUGGGGGUCCCUGUGCCCAGGUUACAAGACAGGUCCCUUUCCUGUCCCUGUCCCACAUAACAGCUUCUCCUGCCACCUACAGGGGCACCCCACAGGACAGGACUGGCCAGCCCUGCCUCAGUCUGCACCAGCUCACACUGCUGUCACACUGCCAUCCUGUCCCUGCUCACACAGCCAGGGAUGCUCACAGCAGACAAUUCCCAGGGAGCUGAAGGGUGGACCCUGGGCAGGGCACGGCACAGUGCUGUGGGACAAGAGGCUGUUCUGGUUCAUCAGUUGCCACCUGUGGCAGCCUGAGCAGGGCCACACAGCACAGCCAUGGUGUCACUCCCCUGCCCAGCUCCCCAGGGCGUGUCCCAGACUGCUACCACACCAGGUCUCUCCAGGGCAGCCAGUGUCCACCAGCCCCACGCUGUGCCCAGCCCUGCUUUGGGGACAGCAGCCCCACCACUGUGUCCCCAAGCAGUGAAGCCACCACUGCCUCCAUAGGUGCCUUUUCCCACUCCCCAGCACCCACUGCCCACACAGGCUGGGCCACUCCUCUGAGGCCACUGAUGGGUGCAGGGCUGGCCCUGGGAGCCUGCAGCAGUGGGGUGACCCACUGAGGAAGGGUGCACCCCAUGAUGUCUUGGGGUCAGGCCAGAGAGCCCUCCCAUGCCCCCCAAGCUGCUGGUGUCUGCAGGCAGGAAGCUGCUCCUUCUGCUGAUUUUAGGAUGUUACAGUGUGGUUUGGGUUUGGUCUCAGAAACGUGAGUGUCCUGGGAAGAGUUAAAGUUUAAGGAAGAAGCCAACAGCAGGAUGAAGGGCAGGUUUUGUGGAGGGACCGAGAUGAUGCUCAUCUACUUUGGUUGGUUGUCAGAGGGUGUUGGGAAAGUGUCAAGAGAGUCAAGCUGGGAAGUGUCAAGCAGAAAUGGAGACUUGGAGCAGCUGUGCUGCCUGUCCCUGGCAUGGUGCUGCUCCUACAGGGAGAGGGGGGUGACAAGACAUGCACCCAGAGCCAGCCAUGGCAGUGACAGAGCCAGGAGGGAGCUGGGGACAGGGCUGGGGGUUGUAAAGCUCGGCUGGGCUGUCCCGUAGUGUGGUAGCGACAGCCCAGCCCCUCCAUAGGAUGCUGCAGUUUGGUAAUGGACUUUUAAAGAAAAAAAAAUAAAGGUGUCAGAUUUGCAGAG